AUGAUCAAUUCAAACAAUCAAGCUAAUAUGGAAAAUGAUAAUAAUGGUGCUGCAGCUAACAAUUUUGAUGACAGUACACUCCAACAAAACACAAUGGGAUCUAAUAGACCUCCAAUAGAACCUUAUGAAACCGAAGGAGUUCGUUAUGGCAAAUGCAAAUGGUUUAAUGUGGCCAAAGGUUGGGGUUUUAUAACACCCAAUGAUGGUGGCCAGGAAGUGUUUGUACACCAAAGUGUCAUACAAAUGACUGGAUUUCGCUCAUUGGGAGAACAAGAAGAUGUUGAAUUUGAAUGUCAUUUAACUGAAAGAGGUCUAGAGGCUACACGUGUAUCUGGCAGUCAUGGUUCCGAUUGUCAUGGCAGCACCUUUCGACCGCGUACCAAAAAACGUCAUCGUCGUGUACGCUGCUAUAAUUGUGGUGAAUUUGCUAAUCAUAUUGCUUCGAAAUGUCAUUUGGGACCUCAGCCUAAACGUUGUCAUUUGUGUAAACAAGACGAUCAUUUAUUUGCUAAUUGUCCCACCAAACAGAAUUCCUCAAACAACUCUCUACAACAUUCCUCGAAAGAUGAACAUUCCUUUAACAGUGAAAAUGAAGCGAAUAACCAACAAGGUGAAGGCAGAUAA